AUGCCAACAGCUCCUAUGAACUUAUCACCGCUACUGUUGCCUGAAUCUGGGAAACGGAAUGGACUAAUAUCAAUUAGGCGAAAUCUUCAACAUAACAGAGUGAUGGAGAAUAGAGAUAUCUUGACGACGAACAAACAUCAAGUGUCUUUCAAAGAAAUCCAAAAAUCUAUUCGAGUUCUCUGUUUUGUCGAAACUUGCAGUAAAAAUCUGGCACGAAAAGCACAAGCAAUCAAAGAAACAUGGGCAAAACGAUGUGAUGAAACGAUUUUCAUCAGUGACGAAAACAAUACUUCAUUUCCUACCUUAGCUCCGCCAGGUGUUCACGCUGGCUACAAAGCUCUGUGGUCGAAAACAGUUUCCACUUUUCGCUAUCUUCACCAAAAUUAUUUAAACGAUUUUGAUUGGUUCAUGAAAACGGACGACGAUACCUAUGUCGUAGUUGAAAAUCUGAAAAUAUUUUUGGCCAAUCACAACCCAGACGUGCCUCAUUACUUUGGAAAGCAUUACAAACCAUAUGGAGGGUAUACGAGCGGAGGUGCUGGUUACGUUCUAAGUCGCCAAUCGCUGAUUAUGCUGGAAAGUUUAAUUCAGAAAGAAACUUCGUCAAAAACCCGGCGAAAAAAAUGUAAAGCGACCAUGGUUAAUGGUGUGGAGGACGUUUUAAUGGGAAAUUGUCUGGCUGCAAUUGGAAUACAUCCAGGCAAAGCAGUGGAUGAAGACGGACGAGAUCUGUUCUCAUCUUUCCCAAUUAGUCACUCAAUCCAGCACAGACCUUUUCCGAGCUGGUACAUCAAAUUCUCCAACGACCCAAUAGUUACGGGCGUGUCGAAGAAAGUAAUCUCAUUUCAUUACAUGGAUCCAACCCAGAUCAGAAUAAUGGAUUUCCUCGUCUACGAUUUGAGUUUUCUGCAACAGAGUAAAAACAACAGUUUCGCCAUCGAUAGCUACUAUAUCAAUAGGGAUUCUUAA